ACAACAACUGCAGUCAGCUGGAGCAGAAUCAGGUUCUGACGCGUCGCGCAUCUAUAGUAGCGGAAAAAUAAACAAGAAUAUUUUGGUUUAUAUCAUAGAAGGAAGUGAUUUUACUUAAAAUUGCAUGUUUUGCGAUCCCUAUUAUGGAAUAGAGCUGCAGUAAGUGUCGAAUCUUUCGACGUGGAAAGAAAAUUCCAAGUGAUUUUUACUAAAAUACGUAUCCGAUCUGAGCCUAGAUAUAAUUGGUUGUUGAGUCUCGAUUUCCAACCAAUUUCUCCGCAGUAUAAAACAUAUUGCGACAUUGUGUGGCUUGGCAAGGUGAAAAUGAUACAACGCGUGGUGGAUGCUGCUAAGUUAGUCGGAACAUGUCAGAAUGUUGUCCCACAUAUGCUUGUUUUGCGGCAAGGACGUAAUUAUCAGAUUGGGUAUCAUUCAUUGCGAAAGCUAUCAGUUUUAUGUAACACAAAGCUAUCGAAAAAAAUACUAGCGGAUAGCUGCAUCAAUCGAAUUAUGGCUAAAGGCAGAAAGCAGUUCAGUAUUACAGGAUAUUCGUACAGCUCUCAAGCUCCUACCUCAAAGGGAGACAAAGAUCAGCCCAGUGAAACGAAGGAAACCACUAUUGAGAUAAAUACUAAAAGCGGUAAGUUGCUGAUAACAACAACAACAAAUGUCGACUCAAAAUUGCAAGAUGUGAUCAUCGAAAAACCCAGUGCUGAUAAUUUGAAGGGUUCCGAAGAGACCGCUAACCCAAUCAUCAGUGAUGAGGAAAAAAGUAAACUAGCACAAGCGGAAAUAAAAGAACAGCUCGCCGAGAAGAAUCGACAGUUGGCGAAGAAACGAAUACGGGUAGAUUUCUCUCGGUCUUCUCUAGAACGUAAUUUCAUAACUCCGGUCAGGGCCAUGUCCGAUUUCCUUCUGAAACCGUCUGAUUUGGAGAAUCUAGCCAAAACCAAGCGAAGGUCACCUUACGAGCAGGAACCACCGAUCACCGUUUACUGGCGGAAAGAUGUCGAAGCAAAGGCGAUUGAGGUGUGGGGUAGUCGGGAGAGCCUGCUGAAAGAAUGUCUGAAGCGGGAGAUUGAAAAGAAACGACACCAGCAGAAUAUUUUCACCGUCAAACGAAGACUGCGCGAUUAUCGACGCGAGAUUGGUAGCCGUACUAACGUUGUGGACUCGGAACCAGGACUUUUAGGCAAAUCGGGUCGAGUGGUUCUGACAGCGGUUGCUAUCAACGCUACAAAUUGUGUGUUCAAAUUUGGUGCUUGGUUGUAUACCGGGUCCCACAGUAUGUUCGCCGAAACUAUCCAUUCGCUAGCGGACACCAUCAACCAGUUGAUAUUGGCUUACGGCAUUCACAAAAGCACCCAGAUUGCUGACCCGGAUCACCCGUAUGGGUAUAGCAAUAUGAAGUACGUAUCUUCAUUGAUUUCCGGUGUAGGAAUCUUUUGCGUAGGGACGGGUCUCUCAUUUUACCACGGUAUUAUGGGUCUAACAGACCCUCAUCCGAUCGAUGAUUUUUUCUGGGCGUUUUUCAUCCUCGGUGGAUCGUUGGUUUCGGAGGGUGCAACACUGUUGGUGGCCAUAAAUAGCUGCCGGAGUGGUGCCAAGGCACUCGGUAUGACCUUCAAAGAUUACGUUGUGCGCAGUCAAGAUCCCUGCGUGAACGUGGUACUUACGGAGGAUGCAGCGGCAGUUCUGAGUGUUGCGCUUGCGGCCACCUGUAUGGGUCUGUCUACCUACACGGGCUCGCCGAUUCCGGACGCUGUCGGCUCUCUGCUAGUCGGGUGCAUGCUGGGUGGUGUGGCUUCCUUCAUUAUCUAUACUAAUGUGGCAGCGCUGGUCGGGCGAUCGAUCCGACAGGAGAAUCUCGAUAAAAUCAACGCUGAGUUGGAAAGUGAUAUCAUGAUCAGAGCCAUACAUGAUGUCAAGGGGAUCGACAUGGGAAAUUCAUUGGUUCGGUACAAGGCUGAAAUGGAUUUCGAUGGUCGAGAACUGACACGAGUGUACCUGGAUAAGCAAGAUUUGAAUGUUUUGCUGGAGGAAGUCAGAACCUUCCAAACAAUUGACGAGCUGGAAGCUUACAUGCUAAAGCACGGGGAAAAUAUCGUUGAUUUGAUGGGUGGCGAAAUCGAUCGAAUUGAAAUGAAAUUAAGGAAAAAGUUCCCCGAAAUUCGACAUUGUGAUUUGGAAAUUCUGUAAGUCUGGAAAUCAACAUAACAAAGUGUGUCAAAAGUCAAAAGUGGAGCGAAAAUUAAGGCUACACAUGGACACACAAACCGGGCAGUGAUUGUAAUUGGAUAAUUGUUACUGUAAUAAACUAAUCACUAGAAAACCUCUGGUAGUUGUUGCUAGAAGCUUUUUAGUAGUACUGAACAAACGGAAUUAGCGGCAUGCAAGAUGUACGGGCGAAUGCCACUUGCUGGAGCUGAUCAAGCCAAUAUUACUAAUCCACGUACUAAAUGUGCGAGCAUUGCUGCUUCAGUUUAGACAGUGUUGAAGAGAGAGGGAACAUAGUUCACUUCUUCAAGUUAUUCGAUGUUUAAAUUUCACUAUCUGCAGCAUACCAAACAAACCAGUGAGACAAUACUUAACUAUUUUGCAGAAAUAAAUCACAGCAUACUAAAA